AUCUCUGACUCAUUCACUCGCACAAAAUUUUCUCACUAUUAUUGUGCACCAACGAAUAUCACUUUUGCCGAAAGAAACACAGGAAAUUCGUAUUCGUGUCCGGGAAGACGGAGAGCUGAUAUAUGGAGGAAAACAAAAGUCUUUGUUUUGAUUCGUGUGAAGACUUAAUUAAAUUUGUGCUUAUAAUUUCCACUAGUUUUACUAUAAUUUAAAAGAAUAAGACGACUUAUUUGUGAAUCUCAGCAGAGUAAAGUAAUUUGGGGCGAUGGACAAAGGCAACAAGAGGACGACCAAGAGGCGGUCAAGAUACUCAAGGACGAGAAUUUACAAGAAUGCGAAACACAAUUGGGACGACGAAUAUGUCGAUAUCACGUCGGAAGAUAAUAUGACGAUGAGUGGGUCAGACGACUGUGCAUUAAAUAUCACCAAAGAAUUACACAAUUUGGCAGCAGUAAUGCAAAAUGUUCCUCUUGGAGGAGAUAUUGACUUGUGCCCUAGUGGAUCAAUUCGACAGAGAAGGUUAAAUAAAUUAGCGGAUGAUAUCCAGUUUGUGAAUCAGCUGGCAAGUUCCGACUCUGAUAUCAGUUUAGAUUUGGAUGAACUUGACGAUCCUGGUAGGAUUCAAAAUACAGCUCGAAUAGAAAAAUUUUCCACUUUGAGACGAAAGUUUGAAAGGUCCCAGGGUUUAGUGGAAAGCAGAAACAGUAAAACGUGGACUGAAGAACUGAUAACGAGUAGUGAAAAGUUUACAAAUAAAUAUAAUGAAAUAGAAAAUAGGACUAUGCCCAUCAGAAAAGAUUUGGAAGACUUUGGCAAAGAGAAAGUAAUCGUUGAUAAAAAUUGUACCAUAACUCCUUGCGUACAAUUAGAUGUUAAAAUUUCUGAGAAAGUGUGCACAAGUGAGACGAAAAAAUUAACAAAGUUGAAGGAGGAUCUGUUCUCCAAUUUCUCCUUCCAUCUCAUUAAUGACAAACCCUAUAAUGCAGUUAGUAAAUUAUCCAAAAAGUAGUUACAGUUUUAAAUAUAAACAUCCUUAGCAAUUGUUUGUUUGCUUUGAAACUUUACCUUACCCAAAGUCUAUUCGCGCAUUUUAUAAUAAUAUAACUAAAUAUUUCUCAACGACUUAUUUUUAGUAUAUGCAAUUAUGCAAAGGCGUAUCCCUUUAUUUCAUUCAUAUCGUGUAGACAAACAGAUAUACUUUUUACUCGCUAUUUGUAAGUCUAUUGUGGUAUGCGAUUGGUAGAGUUUUUAUUUUUAAUCCCCCGUCCGGUAUAUAGCCUGGAGGAAGUUCGUCUAUGUCGUCCCAAUCGUCCGAAGCUUCGUCCGUUUCAAUUUUUAUACACUUGCUGCACUCUUGUAACAUUUUUAAUUUCAGAAUAUUAACUCCAUCAAGUUUUUGCAGCCGAGGGAGUUCUGCAAUGACCCCUUUCCAAUAGUCUGACUUGCAACUGGGAUUUCCUAAAAGCGUUAACUCUUGUAAUUUCAAUUUUCCUAGUCGACUUAUGUCUGUUAAACUCUGUAAAUAAACAAGUUAACCUCUUGUA